AUGAUGAUGGAGUCCAGUAUCAACAGCGCAACAAUCUUACCACCCUACGAAGAAGAAUUCGAAACAGUUGAUAAUCUUCAUUGGUCUCCAGAAACAGCAUCUAUUUGUUUUGGAUACACCAGCUUCAAGCAUCGAACUCCAUAUAAAUUACCCAAACCACAGACAAGAAUCACUAUAAUAAUACAGUAUAAAAUAACCGCAUUAAAAAUGUCUUUAAUUUUAAAACACGAACAAAAAAAAUUCGAAGGAGAUGGUUUCUUCUCUGCGCAAACAUCUCUCAUCCCCAAAGUGGCCAAUUUCGUCUCAAACAACAAAUCGCUCAUUUCCUCAGAAGCGCAAGCUCUUGGAUCUGUGGCAAAAGCAGGAGUAAAUAUUAGCGAUGCAGUGAAAAAAUCUCAGGAACUUAAAGAACUGCAGCUGAUAAGAGAACUAAGAAACAAGAGACUAGAACGACAAGCCCUAGAAAAACAAGGAAAAGGGUUUAAAAUCAUUGGAUAA